UUAUCUUGAGUUUUGUUUUAGGCAGGAACAAUUAUGAUAGAUCAUACAACAGAGAUCAAGUCACCUGUAGACAACAAGUAUAAUUCAGAAAUGAAUAGUCUGGACAAUGCAGAUGAGAAUAAAGAUAGCACAAUACGAAGUCUUGAAGAAAAACUCAGAUUGUUAGAUGAAGAAAAGCUGAAUCUUACAAAUCAAAUCUAUGCAGCUGAAAAGAAAUAUCACGAACAAUUGGAAUCAUAUUCAGCGCGUUAUAUUAAUGCAGACUUUAGUUUAGCUCAAAUGGAAUAUAUAUUGCCUGCUAAAAGAGCCAAAUUGAGUAAAAUGCAUCCAUCAACCACAUCUGCUCAUUCAUCGAAUUCAAGCGGUAUCGAUGUUAGUUCAUUAAUCAUAUUGAAACAUUUCUUUGAACCGUCAAUGAAUCUUGUCUAUAAAAAAUUACAUGAAGCAACCAAGGAAGCACAAAAUAAAUAUCGACAAAGUAAUGAUGAUAUAUUAGCAUGGAGAUUUUCACCAGAAAGUCCAAUGGGAAAAUCAUUAAUGUCACGGAUUAGACACUUGUUAAAUGCUAAUGAAGAAUUAGGCAGAGUCAAUCAAACUGAUCGUGUAGCUAGACUGGAAUCGGAAGCUGAAUUACAAGCAACAUGUAUGAAAGAAUUUAUCAAAACCAAUGAAGACAUUGAAGGUGUACUCGAAGAAGCCUAUACUGAUUUAGAAGGUCUUCAAAGUAGUUUGUUAAUUUUGCAACAACAAAUAAAUCAAACUGAAUCAAUUGUUGAAACUUUGCAAAAUGAAUUGGAAUCACAUCAACCUGGUAUAGUUUCUGAACUGAUGGCUUCAAUGCUAUCAAAGUUUAAUACAGAAACAGAAACUGACUAUGGUAAUGAAGAUGGUGACAAUUGUAAACCAGCACCCAAUGAAGAUGAUGGCCAAUUUGAACAAGAUAAUCAGGAAGAUAACAGUGAUAAUGUUAAAUUAGAGGAAACGACUUCCGAUGAAAAGUAAAUAUUAUGAACCUCAUUUUGUUUAUAAAUACAAUGACACAAGUAUUUUUGUAUAGAUAUUUUAUAUACAUGCUUUUAGUUCCUUCUUAGUACAUAUAUUUAUUUCACGAAUGCAAUUUCGAUAUUCAUCACAUUGUAAAGUUUCUGUUACAUAAUGUCUUUGUGUUGUUUGUCCGGGCCUCGAAUAAUACAUUAAAUAAAAUUUAUGCCUCUU